UAAUUUAAAUAGGACUAGAUUAUUUGAAAAUUUAAGAAUGCUACCUCAUGCUCCAGGAGUUCAAAUGCAGCCUAUUCCAGAAGAUGCAAUUGAUAAUGAAAGUGAAGAUGAAGAUAAGGAGAAUCCUGAUGAGCGUAUCAGCAUACGAGCUUCAGAAAAAAGAAUUGCAUGUGAUGAAGAAUUUUCUGAUAGUGAAGAUGAAGGAGAUGGUCGUAGAGAUGUCCGUUCUCAUCGCCCUAAAAAGAAACAUAAGAAUGAUGAUGUUGAUGCUAAAAAGGAAGCAGAUAUUAAAACUGAAAAAGAAGAUAGAAAAUCAGAUGCAACACCAGCUGAAAAUAAAGGGAGUUCAGCAUGAUGGUUUUAGUAAAUCAUACCUUCCUAGGCGUGUAAAUUUACCACAUUUGUUUCUAUCAUAUGUCAUUUUAUACAAGAAGUAAAAGAAAAAAAUUGUUUUACUAGCAUCCAGUCUGUAAUGAAAUUUUAUCUUCAUCGUCCAUGAACAAGGCAAAUGUUGUUGCCUUAUUUGUAUAUACCAACUUACAUUAAAAAGGACAUUCUGGUUAUCAUUAAAGUGGACUAAGUUAAUUUGUGAUAUAAGAUAAAAUGUAAAAACAAUGAGAGUACAAUAACAUUUUGUGCGUUUACAAAAUGUGAGAAAUUAAACUGUACUUUAAUAAGUCUGUUUCUCAUCAACAUCAUUCAUUUUUAAUAAAAAUGCAAUUUUUCUUCAUUUUGUAAUACUUAUCAUAGGUUUCUGGUGGUUUUAGUAUUAUAUAAAGAA